GUUCUGCGCAUGCGUGAGAGCCCUGCGUCCUGCAUCAACCAGCUAUAUGAGACCGGGCGCGGAUACAGAUGCCGUUUUCUUGAACAGCCGCACAAAUGGAUGGAACCGAAACGAACCGAAGAAACUGCGCGAAAACGGAGCAACAGAAGAUGUUAGACUCCGGAGGAAACCAAAGUGGAUCUAAGGACAGAGUGACUCUUAAAAAAGAAAUUGGUCUCUUGAGCGCGUGCGCCAUAAUUAUAGGCAACAUCAUUGGCUCAGGGAUCUUUAUCUCUCCAAAGGGUGUUCUAGAUCAUGCAGGCAGUGUGGGGUUUUCACUCAUUGUGUGGGUUCUCGGAGGAGGUAUCUGUGCCCUGGGAUCUCUUUGCUAUGCUGAGCUGGGCGUCACCAUCCCCAAAUCAGGUGGAGACUACUCAUAUGUGACAGAGAUCUUCGGGGGCCUGGUGGGAUUCUUGUUGCUGUGGAGUGCAGUGUUGAUCAUGUACCCAACUACUCUGGCUGUGAUUGCGCUCACCUUCUCCAACUAUGUACUACAGCCUGCCUUCCCAAACUGCCUGCCUCCAUACAUCGCCACCCGGGUCCUCUCAACUGCCUGCGUCUUGUUCCUGACUUGGGUGAACUGCUCCAGUGUGCGCUGGGGGACACGGAUCCAGGAUGUUUUCACUGUGGGGAAGCUGCUGGCCCUUGUUCUCAUCAUUGUAGUGGGAAUCGUCCAGAUUGCCAAAGGACACUAUGAUGCAUUGGAGCCUCAGAGAGCUUUUGAGUUCAUAAAGGAUCCAUCAGUGGGGCAGAUUGCUCUGGCCUUCCUGCAGGCCUCAUUUGCAUACAGUGGAUGGAACUUCUUGAACUACGUCACUGAAGAGGUGGUUGAGCCUCGCAAGAAUCUUCCACGUGCGAUCUACAUCUCCAUCCCCCUGGUCACACUCGUCUAUACUCUCACCAACAUUGCGUACUUCUCCUCCAUGUCCCCUCAAGAGCUGCUGGAGUCGAACGCUGUUGCUGUGACAUUUGGAGAGAAGCUGCUAGGAAUGUUCUCCUGGGUGAUGCCCAUCUCUGUAGCUCUUUCCACCUUUGGGGGGAUUAACGGAUACUUGUUUACCUCUUCUAGGUUGUGUUUCUCAGGCGCCAGAGAGGGUCACCUGCCCUACCUGUUGGCUAUGAUCCACCUUAAGAGCUGCACACCAAUCCCCGCCCUGCUCGUUUGUUGUACGGCCACCAUAGUGAUCCUGUGUAUUGGAGACACUCAUAACUUGAUAAACUACGUGUCUUUUAUAAACUACCUCUCAUAUGGAGUCACUAUAGCUGGGCUGCUGUACUACAGAUGGAAGAAACCCAAACUAGUCAGACCCAUCAAGGUAAACUUGUUGGUCCCUUGCAGCUAUCUAGUGUUCUGGGCAGUGUUGCUGGGCUUUAGUCUGUACUCGGAGCCAGUGGUGUGUGGUAUGGGGCUGGUGAUCAUGCUCACUGGUGUCCCCAUCUACUUCAUUGGAGUUCAGUGGAAGAACAAACCAUACUGGGUUUACAGUGCUGUAGAGAAAGUCACCUAUCUGGGGCAGAAGUUGUGUUAUGUGGUCUUCCCCCAGGAUGAUCCUUCUGAAAUACAGCCUCUUACAGAGAAAUCGGAGCUGUGAGCAUCAGCACAGGACUUCUUCCACUCCUGUUUGGAAUAGCAAAGACCUGUUGUCCAUCCGUUAUUGAGUGUUUUCCUUGUCUGAUGCUGUAUGUGAGGAGAUGCUCCCCAGAAGCUCCUCUGAGACUCAGCCAUCACAGCAGAAGAAACAGAAAUUUUACGUUUUCUCACUCAGACAUCACAUUUCUUAGUUGAAACAGUUCUCCCCUCGCAUACAUUCGUCCGGACAUCACCUUGUAAUUGAACGCACCCUCCUCCUGUCCUGUCAGAGCUGAAUUCCUAUGUCGUCUUCAUGUUUUCUCUGGGAGUUGUUCGUUUUUUGAGAACUGUUGGUGUAUUCUCAUGUGCCUUACAGGAUCUCUCUGUAUUUGAGGUUAUUAUCUUUACUUUAAGUAGACCUUUUUAUUAGUAAUCCCCUGUAAGUGAGCAACUUCUUGAAGCCUGUUUACCUUUUAACAGUUUUCUGAAAUCUAAACUCCAUUUGUGAGUCUGAACUUUCUCACCUAGAGGAUUAGGCCUUGUCCUCUAGUCCUCCUAAUUAUUACUUACUCCCUCAAGCAAAAAACGUAAUAACGUCUAGCUGCGCUCAACUGUCUAUGCAAGAAUAGUCUAGGCACUUUAAUGUAGUUACCUAUUUUUAGCUCAUAUUGCACGCUAAACUUAUUGCCAUGCUUCCUGAAUAAGCAACAAUCUCCUGCCACUGUUAAACAGAGGCUCUGCCCCAGCACUCAUUAGCACUGCCAGUCUUUUAGCCUUAUGCUGAUGAUAGGAACCAUGAGAUGUUCCAAGUUCAUUCUUUUUGAAUAACAUUAUGUACAUAAAAGGUGCUUUACAUUUUAAAAAAAUCUCUAGGGCAGACACUUUUAACUGUUAUCCAAAAGGAGAUGUAGUCCUCCACCCAUUAAUGCCUUUAGAUAACAAGACAUUAGUCUAUUUUGGCUUUGAUUUUGGGCACUGAACAUGGACAUUCCACUGAGCUAUAUGCAACAGCGAUGAUAUCCAUCUUUUCAUUUGAAACUGACCACCAAACCGAAGUCAAACAGAUUUUGGAUCUGAAGGAGUUGAUUAGAGGCUUUUGCACUUGAGCGCCCUCUUCAGGUCAGAUCUUUCUAGACACACAAUCAUACCCGGUAUGAAGACCCCAGUGCUCAUUUCUUUCCAUGUGUCCAGCUCAGUGUCUCUCAGCGAUGUCCGCCAAGACUAGCAGUGUUCAUGCUCUCACUGCCCACAGCGGCAAAGGCACAAUGAAAAGCACAGUACAGUGAAAUCUUAAUGUAAAUAUUGCUUAAAAUUUCAAAUACAUCAGGGAUUCAUUGUGAAAUCACAUUCCUGACAUUAGUAAAGUGUGAAAUGUAUGUAUUAAGUAUACAUAUGUUUCAUAUUGUAUGCACUAUAGACAUGUAUGCUGAUAUACUUGUGUUUUGUAAAAAAAAAAAGUUAAAAGGUGUUUAUCAAUAACAAUAUUAGCACAUUAAAUUUAAUUCUAAAAAAAGGUUGCAAGUAAUAAUUGUGUGUUACUCUCUCUGUGUGUGUUUGAGUAAGGACAUGAAACCUUUGCAUUCUCAUUUUGAAAGCUGCGUCCUCCAAAAGGUCACAAAAAACAUCACAUAAUGUAAACAAUUUGUCACAAAAUAAGAAUAUGUGAAUAACUCAAUUUUGACAAAAAUGUCAGACAGAACCUUAUAAUUCCAAGGGGACGAUAUGUCAUUGAUGCUUCCUCAAUUCAGAAAAGUUACCAUUAUAUUGUAAAGACAGAGAUUUGUGCCACACAAUAAAUAACAGUCAAUUUUAUAAUGAUUACUUUUCUGAAAUGAGACACAGUUUACAGUAUUUUACAGAAACAUGCUAACUUUAGAAUCCUAUCUGUUUAGUAACUAUGGCAAGGGAGGGUUAGGAUCUUAAGACUUCUGGGAGGAAGUUUCUGUAAAAUGUCCCCUGGUCUAUGUAUGCUAAAGGGCUAAUUGCGUUCUUCAGGGAAGAUUAUGAUUAUGAAUGACUCUAUCCAGAUAACAAUAAAUUAGUCUGAAUAUUUAAUGGAGAAAUGUGCGUUUAAUUCAAGGUACAAGUAAACACAGUAUUUUUCAUCUUUCCAGGAAAUGAAAUCCAUCAAAGCAUAACCAGUUUGGAAGGGGAACAUUUUUUAAAUAUAUUUACAAAAUAUGUUAAAGGUAACCAUAGACUGCAAUGAGAAAAAAAAAAAAAAGAGUCAGUCCAGGGCCGUGGUUCCCAACCAGGGGCCCCAUUAAACUUCCAAGGAGGCUGCAUGAUGACAAGUUAUUUUAAUAUAAUUAACUUAAAUAAUUUUAGUUAAAAUGCUAAACACACACAAAUCAAAAUCAUAAUUCUCUUCCCUCCUCAAUACCUAUUGUUUUUAUGCUAGCUCAAACAGUUCUUGAAACUUCUGGAAACACAAAAUGAAUCUUGAUUAAUUACAUUUCAACACUACUUUUUGUUAUUAAAAAAAUGGGGGUCUUCAAAUAUUGUGUUGGACAAUGGAUGGCCUCCGAGUCAAAAAGGUUGAGAACCACUGGUCUGCUGGCCGAAUAACCCCAAAGACAUUACUGUGGCUGUAUCUGUUGAUUAAUCUUGUCCAUUGAAUUUUAUUUGAAUUCUUCAGGACACUAUUUAAGAAAUGUCAAAGAAAUAGUCACAGAUACUGCAAGGAAGUAAAGUAUCUUAGCAGGACUUUUUUUAAGCAAUUUUAAUUGAACCCAGAAAAUGCAUGACUUCCCUAAUGGCACUGAAUCUAAAUGCUUUACAAUGUAAUAAAACAUCAUUUGCAUCUGUAUAAAAUCUGUGAAUCUCUGAAAUGGCACAUUCUUGAACUUCUGGGAUCAGACAAAAGAUCAUGCAGUCUGAGCAAGGAGGAUGGAGACGUGAGAAAUAACAAGCAGUCGGCCAGCAGAGAGAAUGAAUGAAGGAACAGACUGACCCCUUCAAAGAUGGGACCAGCUUUUUAGUUUGAUUAGUUCUGGACCAGGACCAAAUGUGCUAAAGCAGCAAGUAUGGCUAUCACAGAGUAUGUGGCACUACAUUUAAAAACACAGAACAUACAUUCAGGGAAAAGGCAGCAACGUAAUCUUACUAGCAAACAAGCGCCUCCAGUGACAAAUGCAUGAAUGCAAAUGAAAUUGAAAAACAAAGACACAAACUGGUGUGAGCUCAAACACAAAUGUGAUAUUGAGUCAUUUUCCCAUGACUUUGUGAUGUCCUGAUUGCUUCAGAACUUCAGACUACAGCUGUUAACAAGGAAACUCACAUUAACUGCUUCUCUCUCAUUAACCAUUUUACAAUCCCUGAGUUCUGCUUCCCUUAAGAAAAGACUUGGUCUUUUACAUGGGGAAAAAGCUUAACAAUAACUCAUGUCAUUGCUGGACCUGCCAUGAUAUUACAGUCUGGUGGCCAGACUAACAAACAAACCUUAAAUACAAAAAAGCUGAUAUAGAUCAUCACUAAAUGAGCACAAAGCUCCAGUAGUCUGAGUGUAUAAAAUCUUACACUACCAUUCAAAAGAUUGGGGUCAAUAUGAUUUUUUUUUUUUUUUUUUUUUUUUU